GGCUGCAGGACGAGCAGGAAGCCGGAGGAGAAGAAGGCGCUCCGGGCGAGGAGGCAGAGUUGGUGCAAGAGACCGGCGAGCGCGCGGGCGCGGGACCACGCGCGGACGAGGCGAUGGAGGCUGGAGAUGCAGGCGGGCUGGAGCACUUCUCCUUUCCUGCUGCGGGGACCGACCGAACGGGGCUGCUGCUGCUCGACCUGGAGAACAGCCCCUCGCCUUCCUGCGCGGCCUCCCCGGUCGAGAUCUUUGGGGCCUUCCCGCCCCACCUGGCGCACCCGCUCCCUCCGCAGCACCCCCUGCUGCCCGCGCAGCUCGGCCUGCGCAAGAAGAGCGUCAACAUGACCGAGUGUGUUUCUGUGCCCAGUUCGGAACAUGUGGCGGAGAUCGUGGGCAGACAAGGAUGCAAGAUUAAAGCACUGAGAGCAAAGACCAACACAUACAUAAAGACGCCAGUGAGAGGAGAAGACCCGGUCUUUAUCGUGACGGGACGGAAAGAGGAUGUGGAAUUGGCCAAGCGGGAGAUCCUUUCUGCAGCCGAGCACUUCUCCGUGAUCCGGGCCACACGCAACAAAGCCAGUGGAGGAACGGGCUCUGUCCUGGGGCCCCCCAGCCUGCCAGGGCAGACCACUAUCCAAGUGCGGGUCCCCUACCGCGUGGUCGGGUUGGUGGUGGGCCCCAAGGGAGCCACCAUCAAGCGGAUCCAGCAGCAGACACACACCUACAUUGUGACCCCGAGUCGGGACAAGGAGCCAAUCUUCGAGGUGACCGGCAUGCCUGAGAAUGUUGAUCGGGCUCGGGAAGAGAUCGAAGCCCAUAUCACCAUGAGGACUGGCUCCUUGAUCGACACCAGCACUGACAAUGAUUUCCAUUCCAAUGGCACAGAUGUUUGCCUGGACUUGCUGGCCAGCGGCUCCUCCAGCCUCUGGUCCAAAGCACCCAAACCUGCGGGCUGCACCCUGCCCAGCCUACACAACGAGAACCUUAGCUCCCUGGGGGCUGCAGCCCCAGCUGCAGAGCCUUACUUUGAGGGGCCCGUGGCCGAGGGGGCACCAGGCAGCCCCUUCGGCUCCAGCACCAGUUUCCCUUUCAGCGAAGCCGCCGCCUCUGUGCUGGGCUCUGACGACUGCGACUUUGGGUUCGAAUUCCUGACCUUAGACCUCACCGCACCAACCACCAUCUGGUCCCCGUUUGAGCCCCCAGCUAAACCUCUUCAGACCUUCAGCAGCUCCUCCUCUGCACAUAAACACACCAGCAGCCUCAGUAACGCAGCCACGCCUCGGCAUUCGCCAACCCUCCCCGAGAUGAGCAAGGCGUUGGCGCACCCUCUGGCCCAGUGCAUCCAGAGCGACCCCGCCACUGCUUUGUCCUGGCUGAAGACCCAAGGCUCGCUCUCGGCCCAUCCCAACAGCACUGGCCACACCUCCUCCUCUUCCUCUCUGCCAGGAAGCAGUUCGGCCACCUCAGGCUCCCCGACAGAUUCCAGCAGCUCCGACGGGGCGCGCAAGAGCACCCGCGAGUGCAUGGUGUGCUUUGAAAGCGAGGUUAUUGCCGCACUGGUGCCUUGUGGCCACAAUCUCUUCUGCAUGGAGUGUGCCGUGCGCAUCUGUGGCCGAGCAGAGCCCGAGUGCCCGGCUUGCCACACGCCGGUCACACAAGCCAUACACAUUUUCUCUUAGCUGACCAGGUUGGCAAGCCCACUGUCUUAACCUCCCCUCGCCCUCCGGAAACAUGGCUUUUGCAAACCAUUAACUGUUUCUAUUGAGCUUUUAUUUCCCAAAGUUCCUGCAGGGGUGGGGCGGGACAAGGCUUGGCCGAAAGCGAGCUCCGGCGAGGGAAGGAGGGAGCUGAGGUCGUGUGGCGGGGAAGGGUUACGAGGCGUGCGCUUUGGUGUGGGGGCCUCGGAGCAGAAGGGAGGUGCACACUUUUGUGAAUGAUACAAACAUUGUUUACAGAAUAGCUUUAAUGCUCAGCCUGCACACCCAGGUGGAGCCAAGUGAAACAUGUGCUGAUCCCCCAAGCGUUGUUUUGAAAUGGCAGUAUUUUUCUUUGCAACGAUAAAAUCAAUCAAGUGAAAAGUGAGGUCCACAUGCACUUUUGAGGGACAAGAAAUGGGUUCUUUGAGUUGUCUUUAUAGCAUUUUUUUCUAUUCCAAAAGCAAUUUUUUAAUAUUAUUUUAAGCUGUUGCUGUUAGGGUUAUGUGACUGGAUGUGUGUGUGUGUGUGUGUCUGUGUUUAAUUUUUUGUCAGUAGGACAAGUUCCAUCUUGAACAUUGUCCUCAAAAUUCACUCCUCAAAAUCCAUAAUCAGCUAAAAUGGAGAGGAUAGUUUUGGAUAUUUUAAGGGGAAAGACAAGUUGCAGAAGAGAAGUGAGAACACGUGAGCAAAACGCUGCCUUCCCCACACUACCCUUCAGCCAUGUUGGAUUAUAUCUCCCAUCACCCCCAGCCAACAUGGAUGGUGGGGGCUGCAAUCUAACACGUUAACAGUACUUGGUCAGAAAAAUUGGGAUAAUGCGCGUGCACAAAAGUUUUGAUUAGGCUCUUUUUUUAAAAGUUUGUUUUUUAUGUCUGUAGGGAAUUUCUAGGGAAAUAAUUAUUGAAUAAAUUUUAACUAAAGUAUUUUAUUUUUAAAAGAUGGGGCUUG